CGAGGGCAGACCGUGGGACUUGGUGCCCCGGAGCUUUUCCGAGGUAUCUCCCAUCCCUGUGGCCGGUGCCCUCAAGGCCAGACCGUUGGCUUUGCUGACCACAAUCCUUGACGAGGAGUCUCCUGUCCUUGUGGCAGGAGCCCUCUGAGACCAGGCUGCAGGACUUGCUGUCCUGUAGCCUUCCUGAGGCUUCUCUGCUGCUGGUGCCUUCAAGGCACAAGUGCAGAACUUGUUCAGUCAGAGCUUUCGAAGGCAUCUCUCUCGAACGUGCCCUCGAGGCCAGACUGUGGCAUGGCGGGCAGAUUCCGUGGCCUGUUCAAAGUGUUCAGGGGGAAAAAUGGCCCUGGAGCUGCCCCAGCACAACAGCCCGAAGAGCUGGAGCAGUUCCAGCCACGGCAGGACGAUGCAGCCCCAGACCGGACACAAGAGCAGGACCGUGCCCACGGCCGCUUCCGGAGAACAGUGCAGAUGUUCCAGAAGUCCAUGUGCAUUCGGCGAGGAAAGACCAGCACCACAGCAACUGAGGGCACAGCUGAGCCUGACUCUGGGCUGACCGAGCUCCAGGCAGAGCCUGAUGUCAGCACAGAUAUCACUGCACCCUCAGAAGACUCUGACAGUCCAAUGAAUGAUCACACGGUGAAGACUGACGGGGCAGUGACUGAGGACAUGGCAGGGACUGAGGACAUGGCCAUCACAAACACCGACACCAGAGAGACUCAGGGCAUCCCAAAUACUGACACUAUGCCCAUUCCCACUGGGAUUCAUGCUCCCAGUCUGGAUUUUUUUGAGGAGAGUGCUGUUUCUUCUCAGCAGCAGGUGCCAGCCAUGGUGAGGAACAUUCACCAGAGUCUCGGGUCCCAUGUCACUGUGGGCGCCAGGCUGGGCUUUAACAUUCUGAGGCUGGCUGAAGAGCACCCCGCUGAUGUGGUGCUGACCCUCCUGCGCUGUGCCCCAUCGUGCGACAGAGCUGCCACAAUGAUGUGGAGACUCCUAGGCUUGUCAGGCAGCACACUGGAGAAGGUGCUGCCAACGCUGCUCUGUGUGAUGGAGGACUGGCCUCUGCACAGCAUGUGCACCUCUGAUGGGGACGACACACCUGUCCUUGCCCUGGCUGCAACUCUGGGGCUGUGGGUGAUUGUCCAGGUGCCUUGGUGCCACGAGGCAGUGAACCUUUACUCCUCCCGCAUCUUUGUGGCUCUGCUCUCCCAAGUUGUCAUCACCACACAGCAGAUGCCAGAGGAAGUUGAUCACUUCUGGAGAGCGUGCCGGGAGGAACACCGCCUUCCCACCAACCCCAACAGGUUUGCAGUGCAGGCCAUGAAGGCUCUGCUCUGUCGACUGCGCUGUGACAAUGAGGUGGUGGCUAUGGAGCGCAAGCGUGGCUGGGACACGCUGCUGUGUGCUGACACCCAGCACUAUGCAGUGGGUCUGCUGGCCAGAGAGAUGCGCCGGGUCUCCCUCCCCAUGUGUUCUGGGAUUGCACUCCGCCUGCUUGGACUGCUGAGCAGGGAGGAGCCACACUGGAAUCUGCCCUUCCUGGCAUUCCUUGUGGAGCUCCUCGAGUGCCUGGACUUAAGUAAAUAUGGUGACAGCAUCCUGGAGAUGAUGUCCAGGUACCUGCUGAGCGAGUGCAGGCAGAGAUGUCGCCUGGCACUCAGAGGCCUCGUGGUGCUCAGCAAGGAUCCCGUGAUGGCCAGAAGAAUGGGCAGCGUGUCUCAACGGCUUGUGGAGCUACUGGGCGAUGCAGAUGGAGAGGUGGUCAGGAUGUCCCUCUCUGUGUUCAUGAAUGUGCUCGAGAACAAAGACAUCCUGGUAUCCAGCACCACCGCCCCGAAACUGGCUGAGGCGCUCCUGCCACUCUUUGAUAAUGACAACAGCCAUGUGCAGCUGCUCUCCAUUCACCUCUUCUCCAAGGUGAUGGAGUUGGUAGUGGAUGAGGGAAAAAAGCCCCUGAAGACGAUUGUGAACCAGAGCCUGUACCCACUUGUAAUCUACUGGGAUGAUGAGAACUGGCGUGUGGCAAAGGCUUCUCGUGAAACACUGAUUUGUGCAGCCAAGUUUCUGAAGAGGAGAGAUCUCGAGCAGCUGCUGAAGAAGGAGCAGAGAUUGAACCCAAGCUGA